AUGGCUAAGCUCAUCACCCAGCUCCCAGAGGGCUGGAGAGCGGGCCCAAACUGGGAAGAGAUUAAUAUACUUCUGCUGAACGUAGCAUGGGUGUUGAUAGUGUGGAGGACAGCAGCGACGGUUAAAAGCAGGAUACACCAAUGGACAAAGAAAAAAGUGGAACGACUGUCUGCAGAAAGAAAUACUGCUCUUAACAAGAUCUCAGACCUGAAUAAAAAAAAAGAGGACAUUGAAGACCAUCUGAAGAGGAUUAAAAGAACUGUGACCACCAUAAUAACUGACAACAAGCUUCUUAAGGCUUCUUGCAAGGCCUAUGAAGAUACAACUUUGAAAUCGGCUAAGGUGAACCGCAGACUAAAACAGAAGGUGAAAAACUUAGAAAAAGAGGCAGAAAUAAUCAACAACACGCUGAAGAUGACUGCCAAACUGCUUCAGCGGAGGGAGGGCAGUCUACAGCAGAAACUGGCUCAGGAGCAGAUUCUUCACCAGGAGACAGAGACCAACUUGAACUCCAAGCUUAAGGCCUUCCAACAGGACAUAAUUCAAAUGACCAUGGAGCGAGAAAAGACAGAAAAUUCACACAAGAUCCAGGUGAAUAAGUCCAGCUAA